UCUAGCACUAGUCGUACAUAUUUACUACAUAUAAAGUUACACAUACUAGCAGACAUCAAAUAAUAUCUUGCUUCUAAAGAAGUUUUUUUAAGUUCGUAGAUUAUCUUUUUCAAAAUGAGACGAUUUAUUUUUUUCUGGUUCGUUGCUGGAGUUACCACUUCCACAGACUUAGACCAGUGGGCACAAUUUAAGUCUAAACACGGUAGGGUAUACACAAUCACACAGGAAGACAGAAAACGAUUUAGCAUUUUCAAGGACAACCUACAAAAAAUCGAAUACCACAACGCAAAGUAUGAAAAGGGAGAAGUUUCAUAUGCUUUGAAGAUCACUAAGUUCGCAGAUAUGACAUGGGAUGAAUUCAAAGAUUUUUUAAGAAACUCGUUUGGUGACCUAUUAGAAGAUAAUUCUGAGAAGUCAUAUGAGUCUCGUCUGGAAGAACGCGAUGAAGAGACUAUUGUAGAUCUUCCCACUGCAGUUGAUUGGAAUCAAAAAGGAGCUGUGACCAAAGUGAAAGAUCAAGGAACCUGCGGUUCUUGUUGGGCCUUUAGCGCGGUAGGUGCCUUGGAAGCACAACAUCUCCAAACGAAUGGUUCUUUGUUGGAUUUGAGCGCACAAGAAUUGGUAGAUUGCGCUGAUGCCACAUACGGAAACAUGGGAUGUGCUGGAGGACUCAUGGACAAUGCUUUCAACUUUGUAAAGGUUAAGGGUAUCCUCACCGAAAAGGAAUAUCCCUACAAAGGGAUUUCAGAUUACUGCAGACAAAAACAAGAAGGAUUCAAAAUUCAAAGCUAUGUCGAUGUUGCAAAUCAGGAUGAAAAAGUUCUUGCCAAAGCUGUCGCUCAAGUUGGUCCAGUCUCUUGCGCAAUGGACGCUUCUUACAUCCAGUUAUAUAGUCACGGUAUCAUAGACAGAUCUUGUGGAUGUGACAAUGCAAGAUAUUCCUUAAACCAUGGCGUACUGGUGGUAGGAUAUGGGGAAGAAAAUGGAGUUCAAUUCUGGCUGGUUAAGAACUCUUGGGGUACAGGAUGGGGAGAAGAUGGGUAUUUUAAGCUGAGAAAGGAUGACAAGAAUACUUGUGGUAUCGCUACUCUAUCUUCCUACCCCGUGGCAUAGCUAAUGUGUAUUAGAACAUACUGCUUGGUGUAUUUGUAUAAAAAUUCUCAUAUUGAGGAGCAAUAAUUAUAUUAUCAGUAAAUAUUCAUCUUUACACGA